UCCGCUCUCCCCAGCCGCACGAGUCCUCCACCACAUCCCCACCCUCCAUCCCUCCCCCGCACGAAUCUCCGCGCGGAUCCGACGGCCGGAUCCCCGCCUCGCCGGCCAUCAUCAAGUCCACUCCACCUCCUCCGAUCUCGAAGCUCCACGAAGCCCACCACCUCCUCCUCCUCCACCACCACCAAUGGCGACCAUGGCCGUGAUCCGCCUCGCGCUCCCGGCGAUCCCGGCGGCCGCGUCGUCGUCGGCGUCGUCGGGGUGCAGCGUAAGGACGCGCACGCGGGGGCGUGUGGUGCGGAUGCGGGUGAGGUGCCGCGCUGUGGGGAGAGAGGGUGGGGAAGGGGAGGGGGAGGGGGAGGGGGAGGAGGCGCCGGAGUCGCUGUUCGCGAAGGAGCUGACGCGGAGGGGGAUGGCGUCGGGGGCGGCGGCGGCGGGCGCCGGGGAGAAGGAGGUGGGGGCGGAGGAGGGCGGGAGGAAGCGGGUGGCGGCGGCGGAGUUCGAGCGGGCGGCCGCCGGGGCGGAUGGGCAGCGGGCGAAGUCCAUGGCUCUCAACAGUGAGGGCCUCGAGGGUCUUGUUCCACGGGCAAAGUUGCUAUUGUCACUUGGCAGUACAUUUUUUCUUGGAUUUGCCCCUUUGAUUCUUGUUACAGUUUCUCUGUUUGCUGUUCUUUAUGUGUAUUUUGGACCAAGUUUUGUACACGAUGCAAGCAAGACACCAGUAUCGCCUCCACCAUACAUUGAUCCAUAUGAGCUACUGGAAGAUGAACGACUCUCUCGACCCUCCCCAGAUGUCUUCUAAGCUUAAGGACACACGAAUAUGGGAAAUAUAGAUCAUGAAAACGUCAUACAUAGCUCGAUAGUUUUCUUCUUUUACUAGACGUGCUUUUAUCUGUAAAUGCAAAGCUAGCUAUAGACUGUAAUUAUCUAACAUUCCCAUAUAAUCUGCGUGAUAAAAUGUCAGAUCAUAAUCCAUUGGUUCUAAUUUGUCCA